AUGUCAUUUGGUGCUCGCUCACGCAACGUACCGGAUCCUCCCGAAGCCCUCUCCGUGCUCCGUCCAGGGGCGGGCGGGGGAAAGCAUGCGUCCGCACAUGUGGAGGCCGACAGCCGGAAACAACAAGGGUGUCCGAUGGUGUGCCUGGUUCCAAGUCUCCGGGUGUCGGGAUCAAUGGCGAGCUCGGCAUCAAGUGGAGAGGACAUGGUUGAGAAGGCGGCGCUUCCAGCUGCAUCGUCUUGCCUCGGGCAAUAA